UUUUCUGUUUUGGUUUCUUGGAAGGAGGGGAAAUGUCAGAAAGAAAAAGGAUCGGAAACUUAAACUGGGUAUGGUGGUUUUCUUUCAAAUUUCCGGUAAUUAUGUUUUUUAUUUGUUUAUUUAAAUUAAAUCGGGUUUGUUUGAUGCCAUUGUGGGUUAUAUUAGAAUUUGAACAUCUCACAGUAAGUUAUAGAACUUCUGCCAAAGAAAGAAAAAACGACAAACUAAUUGGACGAUUGUUACUGCAUAAGAAAAUUGUUCUCCUGAUAUGAACUAUGUGGCUUUUUGCACUCUCAAUGAUGAUGAUAAAGGUAAAAUUUUGAUUUUUUAGCGCAUGAAUAGAUGGUUAAUCAAUAAUUUCUUAAUCGAUUACAGUGAUCUCCUCGUAAAAUUCAACAGCUCACUUAAAAUACAAGUUAAUUAAGGUUGGUUUUUCAUUGUUUUCUUGUAAGACUCUCCUUAUAUCCUCAAUUCCUCAUCUACAAGAAAGAAGCAACACAUAGCCCUCUUUGUAAUAUCAGUAUGUAAACGAAUAUGGCCAUACAUAUAAGACAAUUUAUGGUGAUUUCUUUCAUAUUCUUAAUUGGCUCGUAAAUUUUCUCUAAUCACCUUAGUUCUGUUUUCUAGCUACUAUAUUAUUUUCUCUCUCAGGUUUGUUCCAUUUAAUGGCAAAUAAAGUGAAAUAAUUAAGUCUCCUUUCGACUUCUUAUGUUCAAAAGUAUAUUGGGAAAGAUAUAGAAACAAUCAUGGCAAGGAAUACCAUCUUCUCUGCCCUUGAAUUGGUGUAUGCUCACUCAUCAUUUUGGGAUUUAGCUCUUGCUUUUUUAGGACUCUUUAUUUUCAGCUGUAUACGCGAAAGAUUAACCAACAAGGGCCCUAUGCUAUGGCCUGUAUUGGGAAUCUUGCCUACAAUGCUCCCCUACAUCAAUGACACACUCAAUUUUGCCACAAGAGCUUUGAUUGAAGCCGGAGGGACAUUCCGUUACCAGGGUGUGUGGAUGGCAGGGGCUUAUGGAGUCAUGACAGCUGAUCCUGCAAACAUUGAAUAUAUACUUAAGACAAAUUUCAGUAACUUCCCUAAAGGACAGUACUAUAGUAAUAGGUUCCAGGAUUUGCUUGGAGACGGUAUUUUCAAUGCUGAUGGUGAAUUAUGGAAGAAUCUAAGGCGUACAGCAAAAACUGAGAUGCAUUCCAGCAGGUUCAUUGAUCAUUCGUUUCGAACAAUGCAAGUACUUGUGAACCUAAAACUGUUGAAACUGACAGAAAAAUUUUUCAAAUCAGGAGAAACUUUUGAUCUACAAGAAAUUUUGCUUCGUUUUACAUUUGAUAAUAUUUGCAGCGCAGCUUUUGGGGUCGAUCCAGGGUGUUUGAACUUGGAGUUGCCUCAGGUUCCCUUUGCAAAAGCUUUUGAAGAAGCAACGGAGUUGACCUUGUUCAGAUUCUUGAUGCCGCCUUUUCUGUGGAAACCCAUGAAGUUUUUUAAAAUAGGAUAUGAGAAGAGGCUUAGUAAAGCAAUUGAAAUUGUCCAUGAAUUUGCUGAUAAGACAGUAAAAGAUCGAAGGAAGAAAUUAAUCAAGCUUGGUAAUUUAAAUGACCAAUCUGAUCUCUUGUCCAGGCUCAUGGACACUGAAUAUACUGAAAAAGGGAAGAAAUUGAAAUUUCUAGAUAAGUAUUUUAGAGAUUUCUUUGUAAGUUUCAUUCUUGCAGGAAGAGACACAACUUCCGUAGCAUUGGCAUGGUUUUUUUGGUUAUUACACAAUAACCCACAUGCCGAAAACAGUAUUUUAUACGAAAUUCAUCAGAUUUUAGAUUGUCACGAGCGCAAAAAAGAGAGUGAUGUUAUUUUCACAGUUGAAGAACUAAAGAAGAUGGUGUAUCUCGAAGCUGCAUUAUCCGAAUCCAUGAGGCUUUACCCAUCAGUGCCAACAGAAAUAAAAGAAGUCUUGGAAGACGAUGUCCUUCCUGAUGGUUCAACACUUAAAAAAGGCGCGAGGGUUCUCUACUGCAUAUUCUCAAUGGCUAGAAUGGAGUCAAUAUGGGGGAAAGAUUGCUUAGAGUUUAGGCCAGAGAGAUGGAUUAAGGAUGGGAAAUUUGUGAGUGAAAAUCAGUUCAAAUACGCAGUGUUUAAUGGCGGUCCAAGGUUAUGCUUGGGGAAGAAAUUUGCAUACAUGCAAAUGAAAAUGGUGGCUGCUUCAAUUCUAUUGAGAUAUUCUGUUAAGGUAGUUGAAGGUCAUAAUGUUGUUCCAAAAAUUACAACUACCCUAUACAUGAAGGAUGGGCUGUUGGUGACUCUUAAACCUAGAUUGGAAAAUACUACUAUUCUGCUUAGUUAGCUUUCCUAUGCUAAGUAAGAAACAUAUUUACUUGUGCGGCAUAAUUUUUUGUCGAGCUUUCAACUACAUAUAUCUUGCUUGAUGAUUGGAUUGGUUGCUUAAAACUCUAAAAGAUGCCUCUACAGUAAUUCAAAAGUUUAGGAUGUUUCAAAGGAAAAAAACAUAAAACAAUAACAUUUUUAAGAAACUCUUUUUAAAAAAUAAAACAAUUACUAAAUUUAUUAAAAAAAAAGUUAGAAUUGAAAUCAACUAAAUUUCACAAA